AUGGCUUCGUCUUCACAAACUCUGAAUGACCAAGCCAAUGGUGGGAGACUAAGCAGACUUUUGGUAAAUAAAGGAACACAAGCAUUGAGAGCGGUAUUCGACUUCACGUAUCGUUCAUCCACUUUAACUGCAGUGUUAAACACAAACAAAGCAAUACUUCAAAAACUGAGGUACAAGGUGAUAAAUCCUUCACAAUGGAAACUCUUGUAUCCUUCUUCAGGUCCGCCAGAUUCGCAAAAUUUUGAUGUGACUUUGUUGACUGUACUUUUGCGAAACAUUUGUGGAUUGACCCGGCCAGCAAGUGGAUGGGAUGCUUUGCCUCCAGAUUCUGACACGUCCGUGGCAGCUAACAUAGCGAGGAUAAAAUUUUAUAGAAAUCAGGUUCAUGCUCAUAUUACGACCACAGAGAUUGCUGGCAACGAGUUUGAGAACUUGUGGCUGAAAAUAUCUAAAGCAUUGAUUGGUCUUGGAAUUCCCAAGUCUGAAUUAGAUGAAUCAAAAGAAGCUCCUCUCAGUCUGGAAGAAGCUGGUUGUAUCCAGCUGUUGGAAGAUUGGUGUAAAAGUGAGGCAGAAAUCAAUGUUGACGUCAAGGAAAUCCUAGCAAUAAUUAAGGAACAGCGUAUGCAAAUAUCUCGUGAAAAUGAAAACGUGGAUCGGUGGUGA